AAAAAAAAAGGAGAAGAAGAAGAAAAAUCAGUGCAGUGAAUUUUGAAAACAAAACAAAAAAUUAUUUUUGGUGAAAAUUUUUGGCAUAUUUUGCAUUAACAGUUUAACAAUUGUUUUUCUUUCCUCCACCUUCAAAAUGUAUUUGAGCUAUUGGCUAUUAACGGUGUGGGCGGUGAUUUUAUAUCUGACGUGUUUGGAAAUUUCCAGCACAACCGCCUCCGACCAGUAUCACAUACAAACAGAUGAAGGACCCGAACGAUAUUUCCGUUUCCAGACGAAUAAUGGCCAAUUUCGAAAAGAAAAACGACUGCAGGAUGGAACAGUCAUAGGUACCGAAGCGUGGAUAGACGCUGCAGGAUAUUUACGCCUCAAAGACUAUAUAGCCGACAAGCAGGGCUAUCGUAUUCUCAAAUCCAAAGUAACCUAUGUGGGUCAAGGCACAGAUAUACAGGAUGCCAUUAAGAGUACAAAAUCGGUGCCGGCGCAGUCGGGAGUUUUGGUCGAUGGCAAAAACGGGCUACACAGCAGUGGCCGACCGAAUAGUAUAACAAAUGAGGGCAGCAAUGCCAAGCUGUACUCACCUUCCCUGCAAACUCCUGCUCCCACACUGGCAACGGUGACGACAACAGAGAAACCCAUCUUGGGUUACCUCUCACCGGCCGAGGCCGGUAAAUUGGAGAAGACACCCUAUCUGGGAUUCGAUCAUUAUCCCAAUGAAGUACCUUUGGAUAGCAGCAGCAGCAGCGGCAAGAGAAGAUACCCCUUGAGGGAAAAUCAUGAAGAAUUCAAUGAACGCCCAGCCGUUGCCUUGCCAUCACUGGAAAUGGCCCCACCCCGAGAAACAAGACGUAGACGUCCAAUACGACCCAUUGCCGUGGCGCCUGCCAAUCCCACACCCAUAGCUGGCAAUGAUUUGGGUAAAUCGACGGGAUAUCAUUACUCCACCCCGGCGCCAUUUGUUACCGCGGCCCCCAAAACGGGAUACUACUAUAGUCCAGCACAACAAGUUCCCAGCACACCCGCACAACCUCCACAACCCUUGCCCUAUGAUGUCAAUGCUUUGGAAGGUUUACUGCCCCCCUUGCCGCCACUCUAUCAACGACAAAGGAUACCCCUUACGCCGCAUGGCUAUGGCACACGUCUGGUAGCUCCCGAAUACAAUGAUGUAACGGUGACGCGCAAUGGUUUCCGUUACGUUCUACCCCACCAGUAUCACGAAGAAGAACAACUCAACGAAAGUAAAAAAGCCGGCAGUUUUGGUUAUGUCGAUCCGUUCGGCAUACGAAGGGUGGUGUACUAUAAUGCCUCACCCCAAAAGGGUUUCAUCCAUCGAAAUCACAAUCAAUAUGUUGGUCUUGGUGCUACACCCUAUGAUGAACCUCAGCCGGAGUCACAGAGUGAAGUGUAGAGGGAGUCGCAGAGAGAGGGGUAUUUUUUGUAUUUAUUUUAUUUUUUAUUCGCUCAUUUAAGAAUUACUAAUUUUUUUUUUGGAAAAACACAAAAACUUCAUCUGCUUAACACGACAAGAAAAAAAAAUUAAAAUUUUCAGGAAAAAAAUAUUCGAUAUCCUUGAGAGCUUAAUGUACUAAAUCUGAAAUUGAAAGUAAGUUUAGAUGACUUGGCUCUCAAGGAUAUGUGCAUCAUUUAUACUGUCUAUUCUAUAGUUAGCUAACAUUUUUACUAACCUAAGAUUAUUUUCCAAUACUACGGGCAAAUUGAAAAAAAUUGUAUAAACAUUUUAAAAUUCAAAAGGAUGAAGGGAAAGUUGGCUGUAAGGAUACCGCACCCACUUUUUAGGGUCUAUCAAAGAAAUAUUUUGGAUUUAAUUUUAAUUCCAAAUUCAAAUUUCAAUUUUUGAAUAUAUAUGAAUCAUGAAUUUUAUGGACGGACUGACAUGCAUACCUUCAUGAAACCCAUUUUAAAACCGUCUUGAAAUUUUUAAAAAUUCGAAAUAGAUUUCGGUACAGGGCAGAGUGAAGAGCGCCAUCUUGAUGCCGAUAUUGGUUCAGCGAGUAGUUAUAUGAAAGUUAUGAUAAAUCUAUUUUUUUCUAUUGAAAAAUGGAGAAGAUUGAGUUGUACCAUUUUCUUCUGAGUUGAUAAAGUAAAGUGGACAGUUUUGAAUAUUGGCCUGUCCAAAAAAAAAAUAUUUUGAAAAACUUUUGCUACAAAUACAAAGUUUACUGAUUGAAUUUGAAUUUUAAACACACCUCCCUAUAUCUCAAAUUUACACAAAUAAGAGAGAGAGAGAGUAGCGGGCACUUCGAUUUUCACCACUAGAUGGCGUUAUGUAUGAUCAAUGACUUUUGUCAUCAGGGAAAGUCGCUGAAGUGACGAUCUUGAAAUUUAGCAUGAGGAACACUAUGGUUCCAAAUGUCUCUCAACUUCGGGGGUUUAUGAAAACCCUGUAGAAAACGUUGGCAAAAUCUAAAUAGAUCUCAGUAUUCUAGAGAAUAUGGAGCGCCAUCUACAUUUCACAUGUAGAUGGCGUUUCAUACGAAAUUAUUCUUCAAACUUUGCAUAAGGAAAAAUAGUAGUUAGAAGUGUCUUCGUAGAUUUUUGAAAAAUUGUCAAAUUCAAAUAGAAUUCGGUACUCUCCAGAAGUAGGAACGCCAUCUUGAUAUCAAUAUCUGGAAUCUAUUUAGAAUCAGUCCCCUUUUUUCAAUCAUCUCAAUAUAUCUCAAAUUUACACAUGGAAUAAAUUACUGACAAAAUCUGGAUACUUUUGAGCUUUUAUCUUGGAGCUAUCAUGAUCGCCACCACUAGCACAUAAUUUGAAAAACAUGUUGACAUUUUUUGUCAAGGUUCUUUGAAUUCCGAAACAUUCAUAUUAUAACUAGCGCCAUCUUAAUGUUAAUAUUCAGUAAUUAUCUUAAAAAUAUAAAUUGAUGAGCAUACUUUCAGGCGAAUCAGCUUUAAUUCAAUAAUAAUUGCUCAAAAUUGAACUAAAGCUCAAAAAUAGACAUCCAAUGGGACUUAAUCCAGAAAAUAGGGUAUUAAUACUAAAACAAGACAGUUGAUGAUCUUAGCGCCAUCUUGAUUUUGAUAUUGCCCAACUGAGUGGUUCUCUAAGAAAUUGAAAAUUGAUUUACAUACUUUUUGAGAACCAAAAAGGCCUCCGACUUUCAGCCUAAUAAAAAAAUAAAGAUCAUGUAUUCGAGUUUAAACGACGGACCAAAUUAGGUGCACCAGUCAUCUACAAAAAUUAACAGUUGGCUGAUCUAACAACUUCCAGCAAAGAACUACAGAUUUUUUUUAUCUAAACAAUUAAAUGAGGAUCACUUUAUGGCAACUCUGAUAUGAGAUUGGAUUUUGGACUCGUGAGUAAAACGAGUUUGGAACAUUUGUAGAAAAAUUCAUGGAAUUAGUCUAAAAGAAAAAAGCGCCAUCUAGUUUUCGAUAUUAGCUAAAUGAGUUUGUUGUCUAGGAAAUAUUAAAUGGUUUGCAUACUUUUAGGAGAUAUCUAACCGAGCUGGAAGUUUAUACAGUACUGCCUUUUUAGCAAACUAUAAGAAAACUGUUCGAAUAAAAUUUGCAACGAAACUUAAACGGUGCUCCGAGAUAAGCUGGUCUGAGGGAGGGACUGACUGCUUCAUCGACGACCAGAUGGAGCAGAGAAAAUUUAAUCGAGCAGUUUUGUGUUAUUAAUGCUGUCUGGGUCUGACAUGAGGAGUGUUAAUUGAAAUAUGUGUAAAAUGUUAGUGUUAGAAAAUUUCUUGUACUCUAAAAAAUAGAAAAAGGGCGCUAUCUUUAUGUUGGCAUUCGUCAAAUGUGUGAUUCCCGGAUAAAUAUAUAAUGACGGGAAUAAUUUUACUGUAAUCGAAACUAGAUUACUGGUUUUGUAUCUAAAAAAUAUACACCAAAUAUUUACUGUGAAAUAACCAUAGGUGUAUGUUAUGAAAAUUCAUUCAGAAAAUUGUUAAUAAGGAGAGCACCAUCUUGAUUUUGAUAUAAGGUGAACAUAACAUUCUGCGGGUGAUCUAUGUAAAUGAGCAUACUUUUAGGCUUGACUGGUGACAAAUUAAUAAAAAUUAAUGUUGCUUACAACCAUUAUCUUUUACUACUUACCCAUUUGACAUAUAGAUGGCGCUAGACAAAAUCUGUGUGAUAUUCUCCAUUUUAAAGUUCUCCUAGCUGGUUUUGCAAUAAAAAUAAAGUGAUAAAAUUUGUUUUCUUAACUUUCCCACUCCAUCGAAAUAAUUUUGAAGUUUUUCCCAUCAAGUAUUGAUUAGUUCUUCAAAAUAGAAAUCAGUUUUAUCUAAUUUUUAUACAAUUUAUUCAAUUUUGCCCCACAUAAAAAAUACAUAGUUCUACACCCAUGCCCUCUUACCCUGAAAUAUUAACCAAAGAUGAAGUUAAGUGCCAAUUUAAAAAAAACAAUCGAAUUCUUCAAUUUAGCACCAUUUCAAAACUCAUUUUAACAAAAUUCACACCACAUAUCACCUCACAGCGCGAUGCUUUAAAUAUCUAUCUUUAAACACGAUUUCUAAGCGAUAUUCUAACUGUGUUAUUUGAAAAAAAAAAAACAAACAAAUGUUCAUGUAUAAUAUUAAUUAAAUAAUCAUAACAAAAACAAAAAAGAAACAAAAUUUUUUAAAUAAUAGGAAAAUUCUAGAGGAAAAGGAUUAAAAACUAAUAAAUAAUUUAUUAAUUAUUAUUAUAAAAUUAUUUAAAAAAUAAUUUAUUAUACAGGGUGAGGUAACAUACAGGGUGAGAUAAAAAAAACUGCAUCAAAGUCAAAGGCCAAUUUUUUAAAUCAUUUUACUGAAUGAAAGCAAAAAAUGUUGGAAAUAACAUCAAAUUUUAGAAUAGGUUUAGAUUUGGUCACCUUUGGCACGAUUUAUGGCCUUCAAACGGUUAAUGAAACCGUCAUACGCUGUCCGAAUGUUGCUCUGCGGUAUUUUGGCCCAUUCUCGGCGCAGCGCUUGUUUGAGGUUAUCGACACUUUGGUAUUUUUUAAGUGCCAACCUUGCUUUCCAAAAUAUUUCAGACACAAUAGUCCAACGGAUUGGCAUUCUUGGCGGUGGCGCGUGCUGGGUGAGAUGGUGACUUAGAAAUGAUAGCAGUCUGAAUUUGGUUGCAUUGCAUAUUCCCUCUCUAGCCAUAUCUGAGGAUAUAAAAAAAUGUUGGUCCACAAGUUGGGCGCCAUUGUCAAAAAUAAGAUUUAAAUGCAAUUUAAAUUAGGCCGAAUGCUGCAUAAAUAAAACUGUACCCUGUUGCUAGAAAUAAUAUUAAAGUAAAAUUGAAUGCAAUUAUAAUUAAAAAAAAUGGCGCCCAACGUUAGGCAUCUAUAAAAGUACAUUAAAAAAGGCUGAAAUUUUGGUAAUACCAUUAGCCAAUCACACCAUCCCCAAACCUCUGAUGCUUUACACUAUAGGCAAAAUGACAAAAUGUCAACGUCAUAGAAUUUUUGCGAAUUCUUUUAGCCUUCUUUUGGUUAAUAAAAACCAUUACCCUUUAAUUUUUUACUUUUUAUACCACAAACAUGGAAACCUAUAUAAUUUGGCACCUUUCGUUGCUUGUUAAUAAGUACCUCUGUAGGGGUAAGCAGAAGGGAGUUCCGAAUGGCCUUCGGUCCAAAGAAGACCUUGGAUGGUGCUUCGAAGGUCUUCUGAAGAUGGAAGACUUUGAAAAGGUCCUUCAAACCAUCCAAAGGUCAUCUGUCUAGAAAAAUACUUGAAAAGUUCCUCCUAAGGCCUUCAGUCAGCAUAGAAAACUUUCUUAAAUUUCUCUGUCUACAGAAGUCUCACCCUGUGUUUUAUACAAAUUUAUUUAAGCCAUUUAAGCUCAAGACUAUUAUCAAAGGCCUCACAAGUCCAAAUUUGAACUUUUAACAAUAAAUGAAUUUUUCGAAUAUGUGGGUAUUUUAAGUGCCCUUAUGGUUUUUUUCAAAAUUUUCCUAUUAUUUAAAAAAUUAAGGGUCUGUGUAUGUAUGCGGAAAUUAAAAAAAAAAUUAAAAAGAACACCAAUUUCAAGUGUCUUUUGGGGAUUUAAUUUUUUUUAUUUGAAAAAAAUUUAAAAAUUAAUUUUUUUUAUUAAAAUAUACAAAAAUUGGCCCUGAUUGUUUUUUUUUUAUAAAAAUAUUUUUCAUGUAUUAAUCUUGCCAUAUUAACAUUACAUUAUGUAUUCGCUGUUCAUGCCCAAAAUUGUAAUUUAACAUAACAUAU